CCCACGACCCGCGCCCACGCCCCGCGCCCGCGCCCCGCGCCCGCCCUGCGCGCCCCAGGGGCCCAGCACCCUAGCACGCGCGGUGAGGAGUCGCGGCCGCCCACGCGGGGCCUGCGCUCGCUCAGGCCUCGCCUCGAGGUGUCCAGUCCCCAAGGACCUGGCUCCCUGGUGGCAGUGUCUGAUGUCCCUGAUGGGCGGCUCCUGAGUGAGUGACAGGAGCUUCCUGCUGACCCUCGGUGGUGAUCAAGAGAGUUGCUCAGGGCCCUGAGCCCGCCUGGACCCCUGCUGCCAUGUCGGGAUCCACGCAGCCUGUGGCACAGACCUGGAGGGCUGCUGAGCCCCGCUACCCGCCCCAUGGCAUCUCCUACCCGGUGCAGAUCACCCGGCCCCACACGGACGUGGGGCUGCUGGAGUACCAGCAUCACCCCCGGGACUACACCUCGCACCUGUCGCCUGGCUCUAUCAUCCAGCCCCAGCGGCGCAGGCCCUCGCUGCUGUCCGAGUUCCAGCCCGGGAACGAAAGGUCCCAGGAGCUGCACCUGAGGCCCGAGUCCCACUCCUACCUGCCCGAGCUGGGCAAGGCCGACCUGGAGUUCAUGGAGAGCAAGCGGCCGCGCUUGGAGCUAAUGUCUGACCCUUUGCUGCGCCCGUCACCCCUACUGGCCACUGGCCAGCCCUGCGCUUCUGAGGACCUCAGCAAGGACCGCAGCCUGGGGGGUAAGCUGGAGCCCGUGUCCCCGCCCAGCCCCCCGCACGCCGACGCCGAGCUGGAGCUGGCACCCCCACGGCUGUCCAAGGAGGAGCUGAUCCAGAACAUGGACCGCGUGGACCGCGAGAUCACCAUGGUGGAGCAGCAGAUCUCCAAGCUUAAGAAGAAGCAGCAACAGUUGGAGGAGGAGGCCGCCAAGCCGCCUGAGCCCGAGAAGCCUGUGUCGCCGCCACCCAUCGAGUCAAAGCACCGCAGCCUGGUACAGAUCAUCUACGAUGAGAACCGGAAGAAGGCAGAAGCGGCCCACCGGAUCCUGGAAGGCCUGGGACCCCAGGUGGAGCUGGUGCAGGGACACCUCCGGAGCAGGGCCCUGGUUUCCAUGGUGACCAGGAAGCCUGGCGGUUUUCAUGCGCCCCUGUACAACCAACCGUCGGACACACGGCAGUACCACGAGAACAUCAAGAUAAACCAGGCCAUGCGCAAGAAGCUGAUCCUAUACUUCAAGCGGAGGAACCACGCGCGCAAGCAAUGGGAGCAGAAGUUCUGCCAGCGCUAUGACCAGCUCAUGGAGGCGUGGGAGAAGAAGGUGGAGCGCAUCGAGAACAAUCCGCGGCGCCGUGCCAAGGAGAGCAAGGUGCGGGAGUACUACGAGAAGCAGUUCCCUGAGAUCCGCAAGCAGCGCGAGCUGCAGGAACGCAUGCAGAGCAGGGUGGGGCAGCGGGGCAGCGGGCUCUCCAUGUCAGCCGCGCGCAGUGAGCACGAGGUGUCGGAGAUCAUCGAUGGCCUGUCGGAGCAGGAGAACCUGGAGAAGCAGAUGCGGCAGCUGGCCGUGAUUCCACCCAUGCUGUACGACGCCGACCAGCAGCGCAUCAAGUUCAUCAACAUGAACGGUCUCAUGGAUGACCCCAUGAAGGUGUACAAGGACCGCCAGGUCAUGAACAUGUGGAGUGAGCAGGAGAAGGAGACCUUCCGGGAGAAGUUCAUGCAGCACCCCAAGAACUUCGGCCUGAUUGCCUCGUUCUUGGAGAGGAAGACGGUGGCCGAGUGCGUCCUCUACUACUACCUGACCAAGAAGAACGAGAACUACAAGAGCCUGGUGCGGCGCAGCUACCGGCGCCGCGGCAAGAGCCAGCAGCAGCAGCAGCCCCCGCCGCCCCCGCGCAGCAGCCAGGAGGAGAAGGAGGAGAAGGAGAAGGAGGCCGAGAAGGAGGAGGAGAAGCCGGACGUGGAGAACGGCAAGGAAGAGCUCAUCAAGGAGAAGACGGACGACACCUCCGGGGAGGACAACGAUGAGAGGGAAGCCGUGGCCUCCAAGGGCCGAAAAACUGCCAACAGCCAGGGCCGGCGCAAGGGCCGCAUCACACGCUCCAUGGCCAGCGAGGCCAACAGUGAUGAGGCGGUCACCCCGCAGCAGAGCGCCGAGCUGGCUUCUCUGGAGAUGAACGAGAGCUCACGCUGGACGGAGGAGGAGAUGGAAACCGCCAAGAAAGGCCUCCUGGAGCACGGCCGGAACUGGUCGGCCAUCGCCCGCAUGGUGGGGUCCAAGACCGUGUCACAGUGUAAGAACUUUUACUUCAACUACAAGAAGCGGCAGAACCUAGAUGACAUCCUGCAGCAGCACAAGCUGAAGAUGGAGAAGGAGAGGAAUGCUCGGAGGAAGAAGAAGAAAGCUCCAGCCACAGCCAGUGAGGAGGCCGCCUUCCCGCCUGUGGUGGAGGACGAGGAGAUGGAGGCAUCAGGUGCCAGUGGGAACGAGGAAGAGAUGGCUGAGGAAGCGGAAGCCCUACCUGUGCCUGGGAGCGAGGUCUCCCGAGGGGAAUGCAGUGGCCCAGCCACAGUCAACAACGGCUCCGACACAGAAAGUGUCCCCUCCCCGAGGGCCAGCGAAGCUACCAAGGAGCCCAAGCCCCCACCCACUGCGGUCCCGGACGGGCUGCCUGCCCCACCGCCUACACCUCCUCCGGAUGAUGCCCCAACCCCUGUGGAGCCUGCUCCAGGUCCCGAGGCCAGCGGCCGCCCCACAUCUCCAGCGGCCCCUUCAUCGCCCGCUGUAGCCCCUGCUGUGGCCCCCAAGGAGGAGGAGGUGGAGGAGGCAGCCAUGGCGGUCCCCCCAGCAGAGGACAGGGAGGAACAGAAGCCGCAGGCCCCCGAGCAGCUGGCUGGGGACUUGGGGAAGGUGGAGGAGCCUGGGGCAGCCCCCAAGGAACUGGUCCAGAGCGUGUGUGUGCCGGAGGCUGCCGAGACAGCCCUGACCAGAAGCCUGGAGGACACCCCUGAGGGCGCACCUGAGGGCCCCCUGAAGACUGAGAAGAAGGAGGGCGCUGGUGGCAAAGCCUCAGCCGCCAAGAGCUCAGGCACCCCCCAGGACAGUGACUCCAGCGCCACCUGCAGCGCCGAUGAGGUGGACGAGCCUGAGGGAAGCGACAAGGGCAGGCUGUUGUCCCCAAGGCCCAGCCUCCUCACCCCGGGCGGCGACCCCAGGGCCAGCGCUUCACCCCAGAAACCGCUGGACCUAAAGCAGCUAAAGCAGCGGGCGGCUGCCAUCCCCCCCAUCGUCACCAAGACUCAUGAGCCCUCCCAGGAGGAUGCAGCACUCCCCCAGCUGGCUCCCGCCCCUCCACCCCCUGCACAGCACCUGCAGCCUGAGAGCGACGCCCCCCAUCACCCCAGCAGCAGCCCACAGGGCAAAAGGAGCCCCGUGCCCUCUGCUGAGAAGGAAGCAGAGAAGCCCACGUUCUUCCCAGCCUUUGCUGCCGAGGGCCAAAAGCUGCCUGCAGAGCCACCAUGCUGGACGUCGGGCCUGCCCUUCCCCAUGCCCCCACGUGAGGUGAUCAAGGCCUCCCCGCAUGCCCCGGACGCCUCAGCCUUCUCCUACACGCCCCCUGGUCAUCCGCUGCCCUUGAGCCUGCAUGAAGGGGCCCGGCCCGGCCCUCCUCGCCCACCCACCAUCUCCAACCCACCACCCCUCAUCUCCUCUGCCAAGCACCCCGGGGUCCUUGAGCGGCAGAUGGGAACCAUCACCCAGGGAGUGUCGGUCCAGCUGCAUGGCCCCUUCUCCGAGCACGCCAAGGCCCCAGUAGGCCCCGUCACCAUGGGGCUGCCCCUCGCCAUGGACCCCAAGAAGCUGGCGCCCUUCAGUGCCGUGAAGCAGGAGCAGCUGUCCCCUCGGGCUCAGACCGGGGCCUCCGAGAGCCUGGGCAUGCCCACGGCCCAGGAGACAUCUGUGCUUCAAGGGACAGCUCUGGGCUCUGUGCCCGGCGGCAGCAUCACACGGGGCAUCCCCAGCACACGGGCACCUCCUGAGAGCCCCGGCACCUACCGCGGCUCCAUCACCCACGGCACGCCGGCUGAUGUGCUGUACAAAGGUACCAUCACCAGGAUCGUGGGCGAGGAGAGCCCCAGCCGCCUGGACCGUGCCCGUGAGGACAGCCUGCCCAAGGGCCACGUCAUCUACGAGGGCAAGAAGGGCCAUGUGCUGUCCUAUGAGGGUGCCAUGCAGGUGUCUCAGUGCUCCAAGGAGGACGGCAGGAGCAGCUCGGGACCCGCCCAUGAGCCUGCUGCACCCAAGCGAACCUACGACAUGAUGGAGGGCCGUGUGGGCAGGGCCCUGGCAUCGGCCGGCAUCGAGGGUCUCAUGGGCCGUGCCAUCCCACCCGAGCACCACAGCCCGCACCACCUCAAAGAGCAGCACCACCUGCGCGGCUCCAUCACGCAAGGGACACCGCGCUCCUACGUGGAGGCCCAGGAGGACUACCUGCGGCGUGAGGCCAAGCUGCUGAAGCGGGAGGGCUCCCCGCCGCCUCCGCCGCCUCCAAGGGACCUGGCUGAGGCCUACAAGGGCCGGCCCCUGGAUGCCCUGGGCCCCCUGAAGCUGAAGCCGGCCCACGAGGGCCUGGUGGCCACGGUGAAGGAGGCCGGCCGCUCCAUCCACGAAAUUCCACGGGAGGAGCUGCGGCACACGCCUGAACUGCCCCUGGCGCCGCGGCCGCUCAAGGAAGGCUCCAUCACCCAGGGAACGCCGCUGAAGUACGACACUGGCACAUCCUCCGCCAGCUCCAAGAAGCACGACGUCCGCUCCAUCAUUGGCAGCCCUGGCCGCACCUUCCCACCUGUGCUCCCGCUCGAUGUGGUGGCCGACGCCCGCGUGCUGGAGCGCGCCUGCUAUGAGGAGAACCUCAAGGGCCGGCCAGGUGCCGCUGGAGGCUCGGGGGGCUCCAUCACCCGCGGAGCACCCGUCGUGGUGCCUGAGCUGGGGAAACCCAGGCAGAGCCCACUGACCUACGAGGACCAUGCUGCUGCCUUUGCCAGCCACCUGCCACGAGGCUCACCCGUCACCACGCGGGAGCCCACACCACGCCUGCAGGAGGCCAGCCUCCUGUCCAGUAAGACAUCGCAGGAUCGGAAGCUGACGUCCACGCCCCGUGAGGUCGCCCGGUCCCCCCAUAGCACGGUGCCUGAGCACCCCCCGCACCCCAUGUCCCCCUACGAGCACCUGCUGCGUGGCGUGAGCGGCGUGGACCUCUACCGCAGCCACAUCCCACUGGCCUUCGACCCCGCCUCCAUCUCCCGGGGGAUCCCACUGGAUGCAGCAGCCGCCUACUACCUGCCCCGGCAUCUGGCCCCCAACCCCACGUACCCACACCUGUACCCGCCAUACCUCAUCCGUGGCUACCCCGACACAGCAGCCCUAGAGAACCGACAGACCAUCAUCAACGACUACAUCACGUCGCAGCAGAUGCACCACAGCGCUGCCACCGCCAUGGCACAGCGUGCCGACAUGCUCCGCGGCCUGUCGCCCCGCGAGUCCUCCCUGGCCCUCAACUAUGCCACUGGCCCUCGAGGCAUCAUCGACCUGUCCCAAGUGCCACACCUGCCCGUGCUGGUGCCCCCGACACCCAGUGCCCCUGCUGCCGCCAUGGAGCGCCUUGCCUACCUCCCUGCUGCACCCCAGCCCUUUGGCAGCCGCCACAGCAGCUCUCCGCUGUCCCCAGGUAGCGGCCCUUCGCACUUGACAAAACCCACUGCCGUGUCCUCAUCGGAGCGGGAGCGGGAGCGGGACAGGGAGCGGGACAAGUCCAUCCUCACCUCCACCACCACCGUGGAGCAUGCACCCAUUUGGAGACCUGGUACAGAGCAGAGCAGUGGCAGCGGCAGCAGCGGGUCUGGGAGCAGCAGCAGCCGCCCGACCACCCACACCCAUGCCCACCAGCACUCGCCCAUCUCACCCCGGACCCAGGACGCCCUUCAGCAGAGGCCCAGCGUGCUGCACAACGCCGGCAUGAAGGGCCUCAUCACCUCCGUGGAGCCCAGCACACCCACCGUGCUGAGGUGGGGUGGACGGUCCACCUCCACCUCCUCUCCUAUCCGCCUAGCCGCCACAUUCCCACCCACCACCCACUGCCCGCUGGGGAGCACCCUGGAUGGGGUCUACCCCACCCUGAUGGAACCCGUCCUGCUGCCCAAGGAGUCCACCCGGGGCACCCGGACAGAGCGGCCACGCACAGACACUGGCCACGCCUUCCUCACCAAGCCCCCGGCCCGAGAGCCUACCUCCUCCCCCAGCAAGAGCUCCGAGCCCCGGCCCCUCGCGCCCCCCAGCUCCAGCCACGCAGCCAUCACCCACACCCCAGCAAAGAGCCUCGCACCCCACCACGCCAGCCCGGACCCGCCGGCGCCGCCCAACUCAGCCUCCGACCCGCACCGGGGAAAGACUCAAAGUAAACCCUUUUCCAUCCAGGAACUGGAGCUCCGCUCUCUGGGUAAGACCACCCUGACAGCGGCCACCUUCAUAGACGCGAUAAUCACGCGUCAAAUUGCCCACGAUAAGGGGCCUCGAGAAGGAGGUUCGCGGGCCGACUGCUCCCCUCGCCAUGGUUACCAUGGCUACAGCCCCGAAGGUGUGGAGCCUGUCAGCCCAGUGAGCUCCCCCAGCCUGACUCAGGACAAGGGGCUCCCCAAGCACCUGGAGGAGCUGGACAAGGGCCACCUGGAGGGGGAGCUGCGGCACAAACCGCCAGGCCCCGGGAAGAUCGGAGGGGAAGCCACUCACCUCCCGCACCUGCGGCCAGUGCCGGAGAGCCAGACUGCGUCCAGUCCACUGCUUCAGACUGCCCCAGGGGUGAAAGGUCACCAGCGGGUGGUCACUCUGGCCCAGCACAUCAGUGAGGUCAUCACACAGGACUACACGCGCCACCACCCCCAGCAGCUCAGCACGACCCUGCCCGCCCCACUCUACUCCUUCCCUGGAGCCAGCUGUCCAGUGCUGGACCUCCGCCGCCCACCCAGUGACCUCUACCUCCCGCACCCUGAGCACAACACCCCGGCCCGAGGCUCCCCACACAGUGAGGGGGGCAAGAGGUCUCCAGAACCCAGCAAGACGUUGGUCCUGGGUGGCGAGGACGGCAUUGAGCCCGUGUCUCCGCCGGAGAGCAUGUCGGAGCCAGGGCACGCCCGGAGCGCCAUGUACCCGCUGCUGUACCGGGACGGGGAGCAGGCAGAGCCCAGGAUGGGCUCCAAGUCUCCAGGCAACACCAGUCAGCCACCUGCCUUCUUCAGCAAGUUGACAGAGAGCAACUCCGCCAUGGUCAAGUCCAAGAAGCAGGAGAUCAACAAGAAGCUCAAUACUCACAACCGGAACGAGCCGGAAUACAAUAUUGGCCAGCCAGGGACAGAGAUCUUCAACAUGCCGGCCAUCACCGGAGCAGGCCUUAUGACCUGUAGAAGCCAGGCGGUGCCGGAGCAUACCAGCACCAGCAUGGGGCUGGAGGCCAUAAUUAGAAAGGCGCUCAUGGGUAAAUAUGAUCAGUGGGAAGAGCCCCCGCCACUCGGCGCCAAUGCUUUUAACCCUCUGAAUGCCAGUGCCAGCCUGCCCACGGCCGCUAUGCCCGUAACCGCCGCUGCUGACGGACGGAGCGACCCCGCGCUCACCUCGCCAGGCGGUGGUGGGAAGGCCAAGGUCUCUGGCAGACCCAGCAGCCGGAAAGCCAAGUCCCCGGCCCCGGGCCUGGCGUCGGGGGACCGGCCGCCCUCCGUCUCCUCAGUGCACUCGGAGGGGGACUGCAAUCACCGGACGCCGCUCACCAACCGCGUAUGGGAGGACCGGCCCUCAUCCGCAGGCUCCACGCCCUUCCCCUUCAACCCCCUGAUCAUGCGGCUGCAGGCGGGCGUCACGGCCUCCCCACCCCCGCCCGGCCUUGCCGCGGGCAGUGGGCCUCUGGCUGGCGCCCACCACGCCUGGGAGGAGGAGCCCAAGCCGCUGCUGUGCUCGCAGUAUGAGACGCUGUCCGACAGUGAGUGACCGCCAGCACCGAGGAGGGGUCCCGAGUCCGCCCUCCCCCGUGUCGCCUGGAGCCGGCACCCUCACCUGUCUAAAGCCUUAACUACGACCCCACCCGGGCUGGCCCUGUGCAGUGACCUUUCUCAGGGGACGUUCACCUGGUGCUCGGGAUGGGGGAGGGCGCCGGGCUGGGGAGAGGCACGGUGGGCAUGUGGGGUCGCAUGCGCACGGCCGGGCGGCCAGGGACCCAAACCAGGGCGACCACGCACUUCCACACCACUGCCUCCCCCUUAACGCAUUUGGAACCAAAGUCUAAUCCGAGCUAGUGGCCCCCGCGCCCUCCUUCCGCCUCACAUCCCGCUCGAUGCUCUGGACAGACGCUCUGGACAGAUGGACACAGGCCCCGCCUGGGUCCUGGGGCUCACGUCUCGCCCUGCAGGCCGGCCAAGCCCACAGGACUGCUGGAAGCUGGGGCAGGCCGGGUGGGCAGAGGCCGCGGCCCUGGACAUGUCCCCGUGCGAGGCCGCGGCCAGGAAGCAGAGGCGUGUACGUGGUGUACUGGUUUACAGGGUAUAUUUUUGAUACCUUCAAUGAAUUAAUUCAGAUGUUUUACACAAGGAAGGCUGUCCCAGUAUUACUGCUGCUCCGCUUCCCACCCGCUUACCCUGCAGGGUCGCGCGCAGCUGUCGGGCAGCGAUCCCGCCGUCCACAGGACCGAGGGGCCAGGGCCACCCGCUCGCGAGCCCCACCUCCUCCCUCCACCUUCCUGGGCAGAACGAAUCUGACGCGUCCUCUGUGGCUGCCACCUGCACACGGCGGUGGCCCUCUGUCAUUUACACAUGUUGUUCUAAUUAAAGCAAAUUAUACUCGGGUCA